UUAUGUGUAUUCACGCUUACAACAUGGCGACGAAACACAUUGGGAUGAACGUUUGAGUUUAUAAAACAUCUUCGGCUAGGAUAGCAACGAAGUACAUUUCUAAAAAAUCCUUCUCAAAUCGAGGUGUAAUUGUUUAUAUAUUUGUUUUUAAAAUUGUAUUGUGAAAAAAUGAAUUGUACCACGAACGUAGUGCAAGUGACGAACGUGUCGCCAAGCACAACAUCCGAGCAGAUGCGAAUGCUGUUCGGGUUUCUUGGAACCAUUGAAGAACUCAAAUUGUUUCCACCAGAUGAAUCGCCUCUGCCAGUGACGUCGCGUGUGUGUUUUGUGAAGUUCCAAGAGUCGGAGUCCGUGGGGGUUUCUCAGCAUCUGACCAACACAGUCUUCGUGGACAGAGCGCUGAUCGUCGUCCCUUUUGCCGAAGGUGUUAUCCCAGAGGAGGCUAAGGCUUUGUCACUGCUGGCGCCAGCAAAUGCUGUUGCAGGGAUUAUGUCCGGAGGAGGUCUCCUUCCAACACCUAACCCCAUGUCCAAUCCACAGGUAGGACUUCUCCCAACACCAAACCCCAUGUCCUAUCCACAGAUGGGAGGCAAUCCUUUCGGUGGUCCCUCCAUGGAUGCGAUGGCAGCGUUUGGGUUUUCAAACCCCAAUAUGAAUAUGAAUAUGAAUCCCCAGUCUUUUCCCACUGAGCAGCUUCUGAAGUUUAUGACGCAGGUGGAUCCAAAAAUGAGCCACAUGGGUGUAGGGAUGAACAUGAACAUGAAUCCAGGCCUGAAGGCAGACUCCUCCAACAAAGAGAUAGAAGUGGCCAUGAAGAGGGUCAGAGAGGCCCAGUCCCUAAUCUCUGCUGCCAUCGAGCCUGGCAACAAGGAGAGCAAGAGGAAGCACUCGCGUUCCAGGUCCAGGUCCAGACGCAGAAGGUCCCGUUCUCGCUCCAGACACAGGCGUUCAAAGAGCAGGUCUAAGCGACGUUCACACUCCAGGAGCAGGAGACGCUCCAAGAGCCCUCGAAGAAGAAGUGGGAGGUCCCACUCCAAAGACAGGAGCAAACCAUCACCAAGUAAAUCCAGGGAUAGGAAGAAAGAGGAGCGGGAUAAAAAGUGCUCCAAAACACCUCCGAAAAGCUACAGCACUACCAGGAGGUCUCGCAGUAUAGAUCGACGGAGGAGGAAGAGUCGCAGCGCCAGCCGAUCUCCUAAGAAAUCCCCCAAGAGGAAAGUUUCCAGGACUCCCUCUCCUAGAAGACAUAAGAAGGAGAAGAAGAGGGACAAGGAAAGACAGAAUGACCGGGAUCGAGAGCGCAGGUGCGAUAAAGACCGCAGUCGGGAGGAACGGAAGGAAAAGAAAGAAAGGAGUAAAGAUAAGGAACGGGAAAAGAAAACUGAUGGAGAGAAAGGCGAUGUGAAGAUGUCUUUGCAGGUCACCAGAGACUAUGAUGAGGAAGAGCAGGGCUACGACAGUGAGAAGGAGAGGGAGAGGCUGGACAAGAAGGAUUCCGACCAGGACUCCGGAGCCCAGUCUCCUCACUCGGUGGAAGGCAAUGGCACUGGGACUCCCAAAGUCAAUGGUGACGACCACCGCGAAGAGGACGUCGACCACCACGAAGAGGACGACAUGGAUGUCAGUGAUUGAGUCACCUAAUCAUAGAGACGGGUGCAUAGAUCUCUGUACCCAACCCUCCAUUGUACCCAACCCUCCAUGCUGCACCGACCUUACUGUAUACAGGCUUCAAUCAACUCCAUCCCUCUAUCUCACUUGAAUUGUUAGAUUUCUUUUGGAGUGACUAGACAAAAUAGAUCAAUUAGAAGAUGAACCUUAAGACUUCACAGUUGUUAAUUUUCUGUUUAUGGUGUAUACAUGAUUUAUUUUGUCCUAUUUCGGUGGUGAAAAGGUGUGGUUGGGUGAAAGGUUCAUUGCCGUAAUUUUAAGUGUAUACUCUAGCAAGUGUGCAACCUUUAUUUUUUCCUUAAAGGAUAACGGCAUUUGUGUGCAUUUGUGUAUUUUACUUUGUUUUUUAUUUAGUUUCUACUCAUUGCUGGGAGCAGAAGCAGCCAGUUGCACUGCUUAACAAAUUCACUGUAUGUCCAUUUCAUCAGACAUGGCUGCUAGAUGGAGCAGUUUGCUGUGGACUUCGCUUUUCAUUCUUGUAUUGUUGCCUCAAUAAUUCACCAUUUACUAUUUUUUGUCACUCCUGUACGUGGUAUAUAGUGUUCAUAUCCCAUCCGUUAUUAUACGGAAGACGUAUAGUGAGUCUUGUGGUGCUAUAAUAACCACACCUUAUAGCUCACCUAUUCACAAUACCCAUUAGAUCUUAUUCUUAUAAGUUUGUAUUGUGUUUUAUCAGUGAUUCUUUUAUAUACAAUAAAAACCCAUAUGUGUAAAGAUAA